GUAGAGAUUUACUGAGGAUCACCCCAAGAUAAGGGACCUGCGCUUUCGAUUACUCUCCUAUUUUUGUUUGCUUCAAUAGGCUGAAAGAUGUAUUGUAUGAGUCUCUAACGAUGCUAACAAAGAUUAUUACUUUGCAAAAUUCGGUUUUGCGUUUUUCUGGUUAUUGAAGUAAACCGCGAUUGUCGAAAUGAAUGUCGCAUCGUAUGUGUGUUCCGUAUGUGGUUACACCUUUACUUCAAGAGGUAAUUUUAAAACGCAUAUGCGUACCCAUACGGGUGAGAAACCUCACUCGUGUGAUAUAUGUCAUAAAGCGUUUUCUCAUAAGUGUGCAUUAGAAGCACAUAAGUAUAUCCAUACAGGUAACAAGCCUUAUGUGUGUGAUGUGUGUAAUAAAGCAUUUGCAAAGAAAUCAGCCUUAAAAGACCAUACUUUUGUUCAUAGCGGUGACAAACCUCAUGAAUGUCACUUGUGCAAAAAAUCAUUUACACAUAAGUAUAAAAUAAAACUACAUAUGCGUGGGCAUACAGGUGAAAAAGCCUUUGUUUGUGACAUAUGUAGUAAGUCAUUUGUAGGAAAGAGUAUUUUAAACGAUCAUAUGAGAAGUCAUACAGGUGAGAAACCAUAUGUAUGUGAUAUAUGCAACAAGUCAUUUGUGCGCAAAACUAGCUUAACUUAUCACAUGUAUACUCACAGAGACAAGAAGCCUCAUAUGUGCAAUUCAUGUGGCAAGUCAUAUGGGCGCAGUUUUGAUCUUAAAAUACAUAUGUAUACCCAUACGGGAGAAAGACCCUAUGUUUGUGAGAUAUGUGGUAAAUCGUUUGCUGAUAGGUAUGUUUUAAAUGAUCAUGUGAGCAGGCAUACAGGCAAGAAACCACAUGUAUGUAAUAUAUGCAACAAGUCGUUUGUUCGCAAAAAUAGCUUAACUUACCACAUGUAUACUCACAAUGAUAAGAAGCCUCAUACGUGUAAUUUAUGUGACAAGUCAUUUGUGCGCAGAUCUAAACUUAAAAUUCAUAUGUAUACCCAUACAGGUGAGAAGCCUUAUGUAUGUGGCGUGUGCAGCAUGUCAUUUGCAAACCCCUCAUCUUUGAAGUUUCACUUGCAUACCCAUACAGGUGAGAAGCCUUAUGUAUGUGGCGUGUGCAGCGUGUCAUUUGCAAACCCCUCAUCUUUGAAGUUUCACUUGCAUAGGCACUUUAAUGAUAUAUCAUAUGUAUGUGAUGUAUGCAGCAAAUCGUUUCCAUCAAAAGAUCUAUUAAGAAUGCAUAAAUAUACCCAUCCCAUUCUAAAGCCUCAUGUAUGUAACAUUUGUGGCAAAUCCUUUGAAAAAAGCUGUGUAAUGCAGAAGCACAUGUGCAUUCAUACCGGAGAGGAUCCAUAUAAAUGUGAAAUAUGUGAUCAGUCAUUUUCAAAACAGCAUAACCUAAAGAUUCACAUGCUUAUUCAUGCUGGCAAGACACCAUAUCCAUGCAGUAUAUGCAGCAAUCUGUAUGUAUCAAAAGCGCAUUUAAAUAGGCAUAUGCGCAUUCAUACGAAUGAAAAUCCUCAUAUUUCAAUUCCUCCAUAACUGACAUAUGUGUUAUUGGUGAUGUUAUAUUGCCUUGUCUUUUAUUUAUUAAUUUAAAUAAAAUAUUUGCAUAUUAUAUCAGUUUGCUUCAACUAAAGGCAUUACUCUCU